UCCGCGUUGUCACAGCGCAGCCUGCAGUCAGGGCAGAAGCUUAGUGUCCUGUUCAGAGCUGCCACACCGUGAUGACGAGACCGGUUCCGUAACUUCCAUAGACACAUGCAACUAACUCUCUAGUUAAAGCAAAGAUUCCGCCCAAGUGGACAUGCGGCAGCUACAACAGACAGGACGUUUAGCACCGCGGCGCUAAAUACGUUUCCAUGCGUCUACCGAUCGUUUGCUUAGGACUGCGCAGCUCUGCGUGACGCUGCACACCCGAGCCCGAGGUCUCCAGGCCUCGAGGGUGAUAUUUUGUUUUUAAAGGCGCGUUAUUCCAAACCGUAAGCGAGAUGACUGACAACACAGGGCUGCAGUUUGUCAGCUCCUAUGCCUUUGAGGCCAUGCAGAAGGUGGAUGUUGUGCGUCUGGCUGCUCUAAGUGACCCAGAGCUGAGACUGCUGCUGCCCUGCCUAGUGAGGAUGGCUCUGUGCGCUCCAGCUGAUCAGAGCCAGUCCUGGGCGCAGGACAAGAAGCUCAUCCUGCGACUUCUCUCCGGAGUAGAAGCUGUCAACUCCAUUGUGGCGCUUCUGUCUGUGGACUUUCAUGCUUUGGAGCAGGAUGCACGGAAGGAGCAGCAACUUAGACACAAAGCCGGCGGCUCUAAUGGAGAGAGCAUUCUGGUAUCACAGGUACAGCAUGGCCUCACCCUGGAGUUUGAACACAGCGAUCCCCUCAGAAGGCUCCGUCUGACUCUCAGUGAACUGUUGGCCAUCAUGAAUAAGGUUGCAGACUCUAAUGGAGAGUUUUUCUUAAAGUCUUCUGAACUUUUCGAAAGCUCUGUUUACCUGGAAGAGGUUGCAGAUGUUCUUUGUAUCUUACAAGCAGAGCUCCCUUCCUUGCUGCCAAUUGUGGAUGUUGCAGAAGCUUUGCUACAUGUUCGCAAUGGAGACUGGUUUCUGUGCCUGUUGGUUGCCAAUGUCCCUGACAGCUUUAGUGAAGUUUGCAGAGGUUUGAUAAAGAAUGGGGAGCGUCAGGAUGAGGAGAGUGUGGGUGGUCGACGCAGGACAGAAGCUCUAAGACAACUGUGUCAGAUGAACCCCUCCCAGGCCCUCAAUAUCAGAGCUAUGGUGGUGGAGGAGUGCCACCUGCCUGGUCUAGGUGUGGCUCUAACUCUGGACUAUAAACCAGACACAGCAGACGAGGCAGUCAGUCCCCUAGUCUCUUAUGUCAGCGGGCUUUUGCUGGGAACCAACAGCAAAGUCCGAACAUGGUUCAGCAUGUUUAUUCGUAAUGGACAACAGCGAAAGAGAGAGAGCAGCUCUGUGCUCUGGCAGAUGCGCAGGCAGCUGCUGCUGGAGCUGGUCGCCAUCCUGCCGCGCUCACGCAGCAGCCACGUGCCCAGUGAUGGUGACAUGAAAGGAGAGGGCAGCUCAGGCUACUCUGGCCUCAGAGAGGAGCAUGUGGUAAAGGCCAGCGCCCUGCUCCGACUGUACUGUGCCCUCAUGGGCAUUGCAGGCCUCAGACCUACAGAUGAAGAGGCUGAGCAGCUGCUACAGCUGAUGACUAGCCGGCCUCCAGCCACUCCAGCGGGUGUUCGCUUUGUCUCUCUGUCCUUCUGCAAGCUUCUGGCCUUCCCCACUCUGGUCAGCACUCCAGAGCAGGAACAGCUGAUGGUCAUGUGGCUCAGCUGGAUGAUCAAAGAGGAGGAGUAUUUUGAGAGUGCUGCAGGCGUAUCUGCUUCUUUUGGAGAGAUGCUAUUACUGGUUGCCAUGUAUUUCCAUAGCAACCAGCUCAGCUCCAUUAUUGAGUUGGUGUGCUCUACUUUGGGAAUGAAGAUUGCCAUCAAACCCAGCUCUCUAAGCAAAAUGAAGACUAUCUUCACGCAGGAGAUCUUUACAGAACAGGUGGUUACAGCCCAUGCUGUCAGGGUUGCAGUGACCAACAACUUAAGUGCCAACAUCACAGGAUUCCUUCCUAUUCACUGCAUCUACCAGCUGCUUCGAAGCCGAGCCUUCACCAAGCACAAAGUGUCAAUCAAGGACUGGAUCUAUCGGCAGCUUUGUGAAACAACCACGCCCAUACACACCCAGUUGAUCCCCCUAAUUGAUGCCUAUAUAAACUCCAUCCUCACUCCAGCAUCCAAGGCCAACCCAGAGGCCACCAACCAGCCUAUCACGGAGCAGGAGAUCCUCAUCGUCUUUCAAACCUGUCCUGGGCAAGGGGAGGGGAGACGACAGCGCUACUCCAUCACCACACAGCUCCUCAUCCUCUAUUACAUUCUGUCUUAUGAGGAGAACCUGUUGGCUAGCACCAAACAACUAGCCCUAAUGCAGAGGAAGCCCAAGUCCUACUCUGCAGCCUUGAUGGACCAAAUCCCCAUCAAGUAUUUGGUUACUCAAGCCCAGGGGCUGCAGCAGGAGUUAGGGGGUCUGCACUCCGCCCUGCUGAGACUACUGGCCACAAACUACCCCCACCUGUGCCUAGUGGAGGACUGGGUGUGUGAGGAGGAGGUGACCGGCACCCUACCACUACUGAGGAGGAUGAUGCUCCCUAGCAACACUUGCCGAUAUACCCAAAACCAGCUUCACCAGGCGUUUCAGAAGUUGCCUUCCAGUGGUCACAGGCUGAUGCGCAUCCUGGAGAACCUAACAUUGCUUUCACCCGGAGACCUGAUCCCUUACGCAGAGGCGCUUACAGCUAGAAUGGCAUUACUGCUAGAGCCGGCAGUGUCUCGACGCAUUUUGCAGACCCUCAACAAACUCUGGAUGGGUCUCAACACUGUAAUGCCCCGCAGAUUGUGGGUGAUGACCGUAAAUGCCCUCCAGCCCUCAGCUAAGAUGCUCAGGCAGCAAACGUACACUCAGAAUGACUUGAUGGUGGAUCCCCUCAUUGUGCUGCGCUGUGAUCAGAGGGUGUACAGGUGUCCGCCUUUGAUGGACAUCGUCCUGCACAUGCUGAAUGGCUACCUUCUGGCUUCAAAAGCCUACCUGCACUGUCACCUGAAGGAGACUGCUGAUUUUGAUCGGCAGAGCCAGUCCAUCUCAAACCUGGGGACACCUGGACAGCCAGAUACCCCUGAGGUUACAAGAGAAGAGCUAAAGAAUGCCCUUCUGGCUGCUCAGGACAGCGCAGCAGUCCAGAUUCUAUUGGAGGUGUGUCUUCCAACAUCAGAAGAGCAGCAACUUGGUGCCAACACAGAGAGCCUUUUAAGAAACAUCAGGGGAUCCGUGCCAGGAAAACCGAAACAGGGAAGCCUUGUGCCAAAAGCUGACAGGGGCGUGGGGGACGCGGAGACAGAGGGAGGCCUGCUUAGUGACUUGAGGGAGGUGCAGUGUCUCAUCUGCUGUCUGCUACAUCAGAUGUUCAUCGCUGAUCCCAACAUUGCCAAGUUGGUUCACUUUCAGGGCUACCCUCAAGCACUGCUGCCCCUGACUGUCGCAGGCAUUCCCUCCAUCCAUAUUUGUUUGGAUUUCAUCCCAGAGCUGUUGGCCCAGCCCCAGCUGGAAAAGCAGAUCUUUGCGAUCCAGUUGCUGUCAUAUUUGUGCACCCAAUACGCCUUACCCAAGUCCCUCAGCGUGGCCAGGCUGGCCAUCAGUGUGAUGGGCACUCUCCUCACAGUGCUGACUCGUCCGAAGCGUUACUCCUUCUUCAUGCCCACCCUGCCGUGUCUGGUGGCCUUUUGUCAGGCCUUUCCUCCACUCUAUGAUGACGUUGCAGCUCUAUUGGUGCAAGUAGGGCAAGUGUGUGCAUCUGAUGUAGCCACCAAAUCCAGGGACAUUGACCCUCUCAUUGCACGCCUGCAAUAUCUGAAAGAGAAGCCUCAGGAAGCCUUGUUUCCAGGAGGAGGGUCUUCGAAGGUCACAUUGCCUCAGAGGACGGCACAGGAAUUGGGUGGUGCUGACCCUGAUGUUCAGCUCUGCUACUGUGUGGAAGCCACCUUCAUGGACAUCGUCAGCUCCACCCUUCAUGGACUAUAAUAUAAGAGCUGAAAACCAACAACCUUUAGCACUGCCUCUUAAAUUGACAGUCCUGAAGCUUUGGUCAACACACAUUCAUCUUCAAUGCUGGACUGUCAUUCUGUGCACAUGUACUAAAGAACAUGUUCCAUCAGACCACUCUGUAAAUACGUUAUAGUUCUCCCAUGUGCUGUGUCACAGUCAACUGCUUAUUUAAAGGGGCCCAUUUUCUUGACCAGUCAACAGGCAUAUUUUUUCAUGCUUCAGGUGUUUGUGACCUUAUUCUUUGCAACUAAAAACAGUCAAAUGUUGCCUUGUGUGUCUAACUUUUGUACUGUAUUUGUUUGUAAUAAAACAGGAAAUCAAUGUGUGUUUCAA